AUGUCUUUGCCGCCGCCAUUCGAUCGUCAACGCCCGCUUCUGCGUGUGGUGCUAGCGGAGCGGAAGUUCGGAAAGCAUAUCCAGAAGCGACAGCUCGACAUACCCGAGUAUGCAGCCAGCUUCGUAGACUACAAGGCUUUGAAGAAGCUCAUCAAAAAGCUGAGCGCAACGCCAGUUCUCCAUGCACUACAGCAAGGUCCGAACGGCGAGCCACUUCAGGACUCUCAAGCUUCACUGCAAGCGAACAAGGCCACGUUCUUCUUUCGUCUGGAAAGAGAAUUGGAGAAGGUCAACACUUUCUACCUACAGAAAGAAGCCGAACUCAAAUUGCGCCUCCGAACAUUACAAGACAAGAAGAGAGGCCUUCAAUCACGAGCAACAACAGCCUCCAAAUUAUCUUCCAGCUAUGUCACGCUAGAUGAGGGCUUCCGUCUUUUCAGCAGUGAUUUGGACAAGCUCCAGCAGUUCGUGGAGUGGGACAAAACGUCAAAGUCUCGCACAAAAGAGCUGUACCUAUCGAGAGCGGUCGAUGUUCAGCCCUGUUUCAAUCGCGAUGUCAUCAGCGAGUUGUCAGAUCAGGCGACGACCGGCUUGCUUGAGCUGCAAGCUUGGGCGGAGGGCGAAAAGCUGCAGUAUUCACCCGCUCCAGAGCUCGAAAGCAGACAGCAGCCUGUUGCGCAAGAUGAAGAGAUUGAAAGCCAAGUCAUACAAGCGAUCAACGCCGGCAAUGUGGGGCUGGUCCGCGAAUGGUCCUCUCGAAUCACUACCAAUGACGAGGCUAAAGAGCGAAUCAGUCGCGUAUUCCUGAACACCGUAAAUACCGCGGCCGCUGCAGCUCAAGACGUUCUGUACUCGACAGAUCUCGUGGACUUCAACUACUGCGAUCCCAUCAAUGAGCGCAAUUGCAUACAUGAGGCAGCAGCCAGUGGCAAGAUUAGCGUGUUGAUCGCAGCCCUCGCGAAAGGUGCCAAUAUCCGAUCGCCAGAUGUCUAUGGCAGGAUACCGUUGCACUAUGCUUGUAUGCACGGAAGGGUGGAUAUGAUCAAGAUGUUGGUCGAUGCUGCACCUGACACAGUCGACUUCAAAGAUCUGGACAACUUUUCGCCGUUGAUUUACGGAAUUGUGCAUUCGCAGCCUGGCAGUGUGCAGGAGAUGCUUCAGUUCGGAGCUUUUGUGAAUCCCACUGGCAGCACCGAUCACAUCCCUCUGAACCUUGCCUGUCAGUACGGCUCGGUUCCAAUCAUCGAGCAGAUCAUACGAUUUCGACCACAGAUAUUGCCGGACGCUGAAGGUCUCUUUCCGCAGCAUCUCGUCGCACGCUUUGGCCGAGAUGAUCGAAUAUUAAGCAUGUUGAAAGACUACGGAGUAGACAUGGACCAGCCAGACAAGCUAUACCAAUGGACUCCCAUCUUCCAUGCAGCUUCGGAAGGCCACCUCCAUACCGUCAGACAACUGCUUGAGUUUCACGUCAACCCUGCAGUCCUCGACGAGAAGGAUCUGUCUGCGAUGUACUAUGCUGCAUGGGAAGGCAGACUAGACUGCAUGCAGCUGCUUGCACAGUCGGGUGCAGUGAAUGCGACUGCUCGAGACCCUAUGGAAUUUCAAGCGAUACCUGGAGAGCCUCCACCACCUCUGACUGGUGGCACACCAGCACUGUCAAUAUCGGACCCCGAGAACAUCCCAGAUCUUAGCCUUCCUCCUCCGAUUAUCCCACUCAGGCGCUACGGGCAUAACUUCCUGGACACCACUAAGACAUUCAUUCAGCUAUCCUUUGGAGAUAUCGAUGGCGAUGCGAUCGAGUUCUAUGGCGACAGCAAAUACCCCGCGGCGCGGCUUACCAUCACAUCGAAGUCUUCUGACCUUAUACCUCGAAACCUUCCUCUGCCUGUACAAGACGACCUCAAGAACGUCUCCUUUCAGAUCGAGAAUCUUGACGCUUUCAGCAUAGACUUCGACAUUUUCCCGACAUUUGGCAGCAAGGUCAUCGCUCGUGCCGCAGCGUCAAGUCGCGUCUUCAAAGGUAGAACCAGCAGCUCUGGCAUUUGGCAUCUCGAGCUCUUCGAUCCUCGACUACGAGCAAUCGGUCGUGUGAGUUUCCGGUAUCAAGUUGUCACGCCCUUCCAUGGUGUUCCGCUGGAGAUCACGCAUUUCGCGACGUACUGGAAAGCUACGAGCCAAUUCGAGGAUCAUCCAAGCAACUUGAUCACAGGAAGCAGCUUGAGCGGCGACUUCAUUCGGCUCUUCGUACAAGUCACCAGUGAUGGUGUUCCUGUUCUAUACAAUGACUGGGCCCUACCUAGCAGCCGAAACGACCUUGUUAGCCGACUGACUUCUAAAGAAUUUGAGGAAGCCGGCUUGGCAGCUGAUCGCGGUUGUGGCGUCAUCCAAGGUCUUGUUGGCUCCGGUAUUGAUCGCGACAACCUGGCGGCUGCACAGCUCCAGGUCGCGCGAAGCUACGCAUCUCUCGCAGAUGCUCUGGCACUUCUGCCGGCUGAUUUGCAUCUCGAACUCCACGUCUGCUACCCGACCCGCCAGGAAGAGGAAGCGUUGCAGCUUGGCCCCACGCAGAGCAUCAAUCUGGUAGUGGAAAGCAUCCUCAAAGUCGUGUUCGACCAUGCACGGGCACUGAGAGAAUCGAAUGAUGGUCCACAAAGAAACUUUGUCUUCAGCAGCUACAAUCCAGAGGUCUGCAUUGCCUUGAACUGGAAACAACCAAAUUAUCCUGUACUUCUGUGCAACGAGCUCGGCGUCGACUCUUCGGUCACGAACGGCCUACGCCCCACCAACCCUUCGAUGGUCUCAAAUUGCGGUCGCACAGACAUGAGCAUCAAGGAAUCCGUCCGGAUUGCACAAAGCAACAACUUCAUGGGCCUCAUCUGUACCAGCAGGUUGCUAGAGCUUGUACCAGCACUCGUAUCGUCGGUCAAGGAGGCCGGCCUCGUGCUGAUAGCGGACUACAGCCGCGACCCAGUGCGCCAACGCCCAACCGUCCUAGGCCUAGCUAAGGGCGUUGAUGGUUUGCUCAGCAGCAAUGCUGUCUUGAGAUUCAGAGACACAGUUGAACAGUAA